AUGUAUACAAGUCAUGAAGAUAUUGGGUAUGAUUUUGAAGACGACCCCAAAGAUAAGAAGACACUUAAGCCCCACCCAAACAUUGACAGUGGGUGGGCUUGGAUGGUGGUUCUUUCCUCCUUCUUCGUGCACAUCCUCAUCAUGGGCUCCCAGAUGGCCCUGGGAGUCCUCAACGUGGAGUGGCUUGAAGAAUUCCACCAGAGCCGCGGCCUGACUGCGUGGGUCAGCUCCCUCAGCAUGGGCAUCACCUUGAUUGUGGGACCUUUCAUCGGCUUGUUUAUUAACACCUGUGGGUGUCGCCGGACCGCAAUAAUUGGAGGGCUGGUGAACUCCCUCGGCUGGGUAUUGAGUGCCUACGCAGCAAACGUGCAUUAUCUCUUUAUCACCUUUGGAGUGACAGCUGGCUUUGGAAGUGGGAUGGCCUACCUGCCGGCUGUGGUCAUGGUGGGACGGUACUUUCAGAAGAGACGCGCCCUUGCCCAGGGCCUCAGCACCACCGGGACGGGGUUUGGCACCUUCCUCAUGACGGUUUUGCUCAAGUACCUGUGCGCGGAGUACGGUUGGCGGAACGCGAUGUUCAUCCAAGGCGCUGUGUCCUUGAACUUGUGUGUUUGCGGGGCGCUCAUGAGGCCCCUCUCUCCUGGGAAGGAGCUCAACGACGACCGUGGAGGGAAGGAUCCACGGGUGGUCCCAGCUCAGUCCCCUGGAUCCAAGUCGAGCGGACAGUUGGACGGAGCAGAAGAGAAGGGUGGCAGGCCCAGGAAUGAGGAGACCCUCGGGGACCUCCCCGCCCAGGCGGGCCAAGAGAAGGCAGGGCACGGCCAGAACAUGGGCGCCUUUCGGGUCCUGAAGACGGCGAGCCAGCUGACCAGGAGAGUCAAGAAGGGCUUCCGAGCCUGGUACUCGGGCUAUUUUGGAGCAGCCUCGCUCUUCACUAAUCGGAUGUUUGUCGCCUUCGUUUUCUGGGCUCUGUUUGCCUACAGCAGCUUUGUCGUCCCCUUCAUCCACCUCCCAGAAAUAGUCAAUUUGUAUAAUUUAUCCGAGCAAAACGAUGUUUUCCCUCUGACCUCAAUUAUAGCAAUAGUGCAUAUCUUUGCGAAAGUGAUCCUGGGCGUUGUGGCCGACUUACCUUGCAUCAGCGUUUGGAAUGUCUUCCUGAUGGCCAACUUCACCCUCGUCCUCAGUAUUUUCAUCCUGCCGCUGGUGCACACGUACGCCGGCCUGGCGGUCAUCUGCGCCCUGAUAGGGUUUUCCAGUGGUUAUUUCUCCCUGAUGCCCGUAGUGACUGAAGACUUGGUUGGGAUCGAGCACCUGGCCAACGCCUACGGCAUCAUCAUCUGUGCCAAUGGCAUUUCCGCGCUGCUCGGGCCACCGUUUGCAGGCUGGAUCUAUGACAUCACAGAAAAAUAUGAUUUUUCCUUCUAUAUAUGUGGCUUACUCUACAUGGUAGGAAUACUCUUUUUACUCAUUCAACCGUGUAUUCAAAUUAUCGAACAAUCCAGAAAAAAAUACAUGGAUGGCUCACAUGUUUAG